AUGCUCACGACCUCCUCUGCCUCGUCUACAGCCAAUGUCCCCUCAUCAUCGGCGACAUCUCUCACAUUACCCUUGGUCAUUGAGCGUAUCUCCAACUCAUUCUAUCAGAUCCAACAUCAACUUCUCUCACUCACUGUGGAAGAGUCCAAGCUUCGAAUGUUCCAAUCACUCAAUAUUAAACUACUGGAACUGUCAAGUCAGAUUGAGGCCAAGAUCGAGCCAAUAUUCACAGCCACACUACAGGGUUGCAUCAAAUCGAGUAGCACUGAAGGACUUCCAGUGGACAUACUUUCCACAUGUCUAAAGGUGUAUCAAGUCAUCAAGAAGAUACAUGGACCAUACCGCAUCUUUAGAAAGAACAUCAUCAAGCCACACUUUACAACUGGCCUGGAAGGCAACAACAAGGGAUCAUGUGAUGGACUACCAACCAUCUAUUCAAACAUACUGUCAUACUUGGAGAAGGACUGCUGCACAUUCUUCAAGGUCUGCAGCCAAGUCAAUAGCUUGUUCGAGGCGACCAGGUAUAACUUUAUAUCAGAGAGCGUGUUGCCAGAGGUGGACGAGACACUGGGUCAGCUGAAGCCUGUGUUUGCCACGGGCAUGACGGAUCUAUUCUUUAAGAACUACACCUGCAGCAGUGCCUUUAUCAAUAGGCUUGAGGACUUGUGCACAUCAAUGCAGCAGGUAAAGGAACUGCGCAUGUCGCCAACAUACAGCUCACUGCUCAAACGUUGGAACUUUGCAGUGUACUUCCAGCUGCGUUUCUCAGAGAUAGCUCAACAGUUUGAGCGUACACUGGCGAGCAUCAACUGCAUCGAUAUCCUGACAGGACUCCAGCAUCCCACUGAGAAGAACGAGCACUUCCUGGCACAGACUGGAUCAUUGUUUGGAUUCCUGGACAUGUGUUGGUCGCCCAACAUAUUCAUAUAUGACCUGUCAUCCAAGUUCUUCAAACUAUUCCUUCAGCUGAUUGCUCGCUAUGAGUACUUCAUUCAGGAGGCAUUAUUACAUCUCGAGGUGGCCAAGGGUGCUGCUCCUGGCGUGCAUCCAGAUCAAAAGUCACUCAACAAGUCCACUCCACAAGAGAACCUUGCAUAUGUAUAUUCCGAUGUAUUAAGAUUGACAACAAAGAUCAAUGUACAUUAUAGACAGGUGAUACUGCGAGCCAUUGGCAAUCCAUUGAAGGAGAUUGAAUCAUUGGUACAAGAUGGUUUGAACCUGUCAGUCAAGUCACUUGAUGUACUUAGGGAGAGGAUGUCCAAGUUGAUCACAGAUCACUUCAUAGCCAAAUGUUCAGAGAGUCUGUCGCUGAUCAGCUCAAUCCCACCAUCAUAUCGUAUGAAGAAUAAGCCUAUACCCACAAAGUAUUCAAUCUAUGUUCCACAGAUAGUCAAUCCAUUGGAAGCGUUCUAUACCAACAAGGCCAAUACCAUUCCACUAGAGUAUAGGGCACUUUGGUCAAUGGAUAUAUUCAGGCCAAUCACUGAAAGAUUCUUACAGAAUACCAACGACGUAUUGCUGUCCGUGAGUAAAUCAGAUGAGAUGUUGAAUAAGAUGAAGAAAUCAUUGAAGUCCGCUGCCACUGUACCAUCUUCCACAACCACAUCAUCAUUGAACAACAAUACAUCGACAACAACAACAAACAAUACCACGACGACAACGACGACGACAGCCAACGCAACCGACAUGCAAAAGAUAUCUUUGCAACUCUACCUGGACGUCAUCAAGUACGGUCAGCUGAUCGAGAAGAGUGGAAUCGACUUACAUUCAUUCGAGCCUUAUAUUCGUCUCUUGGAGGUGGUUGAGCCAUUCAAAGUAUAUCAACAGCAGCCAACCACCUCGAACGCGAUCUCAAACGAUCAAUAA